GACGACGACUUGCACUUGGAAGCCCAGCCAGUCUCCCGCUGUGCGCCUCGCUAUCUUUCUUGUCUAUCGUUUGAUCUCUGAAAGGGUGUAUCGCUUCCAGGAUCCGAGUUUUAUCUUCUCAAUCCAAGUGCUUUCAAUCAAGUGCUUGCGCCAUGGUCGCGCCCGCAGUGCCUGAGAUCUACGAGGAGGAGGACAUCUACGCCGCUGUCGAUGCACGCACUGAAUCUCUCCAGAACCUUCGGGAAUUAGGUCCGCCCGACUUGGUUUACUUGGUCAAACAACCUAAGACCAGCUCUCAUCGCCAGACCGGAGUCUAUCACCAUGUCACCGGUGUCGAUGCCUCGUCGUCCGCCAGCUUGGCCGCCUAUGUCAACACACUCACCUUCUCCCCGCUGGAUAAGACACACAAAGUGGUUUCGGGGAUCUACUGCUGUUACAAUGCCUUCUCCCACCUCGACAUGCGCGUGGAAGUGAAAAUCCCGGGCAGUCUGGAAAGCUACUGUAUCGAUGAGCGGGGCGACAAGCGAGUUGCGACGGAGGCGUUGUGGUUGGAGACCUUUCUCUGCGGGAUUCUGAGAGCAUAUACCUACGCGGACGAUGGCAGCGGCGAUUCAAUUCGCAAGAUCGUGGGAGUCCGGCGAUUCAACCCAGUGACGAAUACGGAGAUGGAGCACAAGUUCCUGGACGCCGCGGAGAGACUGUUCUUCCUGGGCCGACAGCUGAGUUCCGAUCCGGAGACGCAAGUGCCGAACACUGUCAGCAACCAUCUGACGUCGGGUCUUUUGAAGUACAUACAAACCACGGGACGCUACACCUCGGGCAUCAAUCUGUUUGAGAAGCUGCGCACACGAGACGUCGAAGUGUCGUCGCUUCUGGCCCGAGUUCUGAUCAUGGCUGAUGAGGAGGUGCAAGCGGUGAGACUGAUCUUCGACGCUUUGCAGGAUGUACCGAUGGACUACGCCCUGCUUGACUGCCAAGCAGCGUUCUGCCAGUCCAAAGGCGAGGGCGAGAUGGCCUUGGAGUGUGCCAAGCGGGCGGUCACCGCCGCUCCCAGUGAAUUCAGCACCUGGGCCCGACUGGCCGAAGUAUACGUCGGUUUGGAGCAAUGGGACCUGGCGUUGUUGACUCUGAACUCGUGCCCCAUGUUCACAUACCAAGAUAAAGACACCCCGCGCAUGCCUCAACCAACGCGCAUCAUGCUGCCGAUUCUUGCCGAGAGCAUGCUGGAGGAGAUCGAUGAAGGACAACCGCGCCAAGGCGACCCUGCCGACUACGUCCACCCCUCCCUGCGCCGUCUCCACGCAGCUAGCUACCAAGGAACCUUCCUGAAGGCCUACAACCUUUUGACCAAGGUCGCGGCGGCCAUCGGCUGGGAUCAGCUGCUCAAGAUCCGCAGCGAGGUGUUUGUCAUGGAGGAGGAAUACCGCGUUGAGCGCCAACAUUCUACCUCCAAGCACACGCGCACCAACACGCGCACCUCCGCGGAGGUCAACGGGGGCGAUGGGCAAGAGGAUGAGGACGACGACGACCACCACCACAACGACGCGAACACGGAGGACGCCGAGAAGGAGGACGAGGGCUCGCCCAACGGCCUCAAGGACGAACAAGUGGAAAGUUCGAUCGAAAAGCCCGAGCAAUCAAUGGCAUCCGAAGUGAUCAAAUCCGGCAAUGAAGAUCCCGACCCCUCCCACUCCGCGUACACGCAGUUCCGCAACAAACGCCUCUGCGAACGCUGGCUCGACAACCUCUUCAUGGUCCUCUACGAGGACCUCCGCAUCUACACCAUCUGGCGCACGGAGAUGGCGCAGUACCGGCAGCAGGCGAUCGAGUACAAGAAGUCGGCCACGGAGUGGGAGAUCCUCGGGGAGCUGGCCGAGCGCCUGCACCAUUUCGACGAGGCGAUCGAGGCCUACCAGCACGGCCUGGCCAUCCGGUUUGCCCCCAAGGCCAUGCGCGGCGUGCUGAAGCUGUACGAGAAGAAGAACGACACCCGCGGCAUGCUGGGCUCGUUGAUCCGUCUGAUCGCCUGGCAGUACCGAUGGUACUCCGAGUUCUCUCCCGAACUUCUCUUCCUCAUCCGCAAACUCAUCGAAGACGAAGGCGCCGUCAAGGUCCGGAGCAUCGUCCAGGCCACCAACCUCCCGCAGCCCGUCCUCGACCUCACGCAUCAGUACUGUCAACUGUGCGCCACCUUCCGAAGCAGUGGCAGUGAUGGUUAGAUGAGCUCCAUGUUUUCUAAAUGUUUCCCGCGCCGUACUGGGCUGCGGUUUGUUAUGGUUUCCGGGUAGUGGAGGUCGAUGCAAGGGGGCCGGGGGGUUGGUGCUCCAGGGGAAAGGGAUGCGGGGGAUGCGAUGCGGGUGCUGUGUAGCGAGCUGGAAGGGAGGAAGGAAGGCAGGGAGGGAGGGAGGAAAGUAAU